CCUUCACAAACAAAAGACCAACGUUUACCUGCCUCCAAUCUCGGUCCACCUUGCUCGUAUCUGUUGUUCCGCGACGUUCGUUUGUUUUUCGUAUCGCCAUUUCGCGUGCGAUUUGUUGACCUUGAUCAGUGACAUAAAGUGGUAAAAUUGGUGGAAACGGGUGUUUUGAUCGUGGCCCGCGCGCAGCGACCAAGCGACCCACCCAGCACCCGUCGCAGCGCGCGAUGGGCUCGCGCAUGGGCGGCGCGGGCGGCUCGGGCGGCUCGCCCGCAGACAAGGCGCUGGCCGGCGUGCCGCGACUGCUGGACGACCUGCGCCGGCUAGCCGACGACCACGACUCGGCCGACGUCGUGUUCGUGCUGGGCCGGGAGGAGGAGCGGGUGUUCGCGCACCGGGUCAUCCUGAUGGCGAGGUGUAAAAGUUUUCAAAAUGCCAAAAGGGGUGAGAUUUGUCGAAUUCCCGGAUGUUCUGUAUCACCAGCAGCCCCUGGGACUCCUACUCCUGUUAGACUACCUCAGACCCCGCCAGAAACUUUCAAGCAGUUCCUUCUAUACGUGUAUACAGGAAAGAUUCUAUUACAAGAUAAUAGCGUUUUCGAAAUGAUGGCUUUGGCUCAAGAACUCGGGGUGGAAGAACUUCGAAAUGCUUGCGAAGAUCAUGUCACUUCUACGUUAUCUGUCCCUUCCGCAUGUACAUUUUUAGCUGCCGCAAUGGAUAUUCAAGAAAAAUCAUCAGGUGGUAAAGCUGCUUCUGGAUUUGUCGAGAGAUGUGUUAAUUAUGUUGGUGAAAAUGCUGCUGAGUGUGUUCGCACUAACUCAUUUAUGAAUCUUUCAAAAGAAGCAGUUAUAAAAGUGAUAUCUUCAGAUUAUGAAGAUGUAUGGAGAGCAGUCCUGAACUGGGCAAAAUACCAAGCAGGCGUAACACAGCCUACUCCACAUUGGACUGAAGAAGAAAGAGCAAGGGUUUGCCAGCACCUAUCUCUGGUGAUCAGCCACGUUCGAUUACUUUUAAUAGAUAGCCGAGUUUUUGCCGAAGAAGUAGAACCGACUGGUGCGGUUCCAAUGGAACUCAGUUUGGAAAGAUAUCGGCAUGCAGCUUUGCCCAGUAAAUACCCUGCAGAAUCUUCUAGCGAAGACAAACGCUUGCGUCCACGUAUUUCCCCUCACCUGUUCCCAGGAUCGACGAUACUGGGGCAAGACAAGAGUCAUUAUCAGAGGAUUUUGAACGCCUGGUAUGGAAACGCUAAGCAGACCUGGAGAUUGGUUUAUAGGGCGAGCAGUCAUGGUUAUUCUGCGUCAGCGUUCCAUAGACAUUGUGAUGGGGUUUCUCCGACUUACGUCAUAGUACAGCAAUGCUAUAAGCCCAUUCAUGUCAUGUCACGUCGUCCAUCACCUUUAGAUAAUGACCAGUGCAGACAAUGUUCAAGUUUUUCAGAAUAUGUAAAAACCACUAAAAAGAAAGUUCAAGAUGAUAGUACAAGCAGUAGUUCUUCAACUGAAACUGAGGAUAUCCAAGUGAGAAGAUCAGACUGUCCCCUUGAUAAAGAUGAAUUAGGAAACAAAUCCUGGGGUUUGUUACAUACAAUAGCAGCUAAAUACCCAGAGAAACCUUCUAAGCAGCAACAGUGUGACAUGAAAGACUUUUUCAAACAUAUAUCCAAUUUUUAUCCAUGUGAUUACUGUGCUAAAGAUUUGAGAGAUGAACUUAGAAUUGAUCCACCCAAAGUGGAAUCUCAAGAUGCCUUGAGUCAAUGGUUGUGUAAAUUACACAAUAAAGUAAAUGUUAAGACAGGCAAAGAAGUAUUUGAUUGCUCAAAAGUUAAUGAAAGGUGGAGGGAUGGAUGGUUAGAUGGAUCAUGUGAUUAGAUGAAAAUGACCAAAAAUGUAAAUAAAAUAAUAAAUGAAGAACAUUAAAAUCA